AUAGUUUCUCAUACACUGCGUACGUACGUUGAGAAACUGCUCUCCCCCAUUCCCGACUCCAACGAGAUGCUGCUACUGGAGCAGAAGACUGUCCUGGUCACUGGGGCAACAGGGUUUCUCGCAAAGAUAUUCGUAGAGAAGAUACUGAGGAUCCAACCCAAUGUGAAGAAGCUCUACCUUCUCUUGAGAGCUUCUACUUCAUCCUCCGCCGCGAAGCGCUUCCACGACGAGGUGCUUGGGAAGGAGGUGUUUAGGGUUUUGAAAGAUGAAUGGGGAGGAGGUUUCCAGUCAUUCAUUUCAGAGAAAGUGGUUGCUGUUUCUGGAGAUGUUUCUUCAGAGGAUUUGGGGAUAGAGGACCUCCAUUUGAAGGAAGAAAUCCUCAAGGAAACCGACUUGGUUCUUAAUUUUGCAGCCAUCACCAAAUUUGAUGAAAGGUACGAUGUGGCACUUGGGACGAAUACUUUUGGAGCUCUGCACGUGCUCAACUUCUCCAAGAAAUGUGCCAAAAUCAAGUUGCUUAUCCAAGUCUCAACUGCGUAUGUGUAUGGGGAAGAGCGGGGGAUUCUCAUGGAGAAGCCCCUGAUCCUGGGAAAAGCCGCUAGAUCAGGAAGAACCAACAUGGACGUAUUGAGUGGUGAAAUCGAGCUUGCCCAAAAACGACUGCACCAACUGCAUUCCCAAAAUCGCACCGACGAGGAAAUUGACACUGGAAUGAAAAAUCUCGGCCUCGAAAGGGCUGGUUACUAUGGGUGGCCUAACACCUACACAUUUACAAAAGCAAUGGCGGAGAUGGUCAUGGUGGAGUCCAAAGGAGACCUCCCUCUUGUCAUCAUAAGGCCAACAAUGGUGACGAGUACCCUUAGAGACCCAUUCCCUGGUUGGUUGGAAGGUGUUAGGACGCUUGACGGAUUUAUUGUGAGCUAUGCCAGAGGAAGACUGAAGUGCAUCGUCCAUAGACCAGAUGUCAUUCUUGAUUUGAUACCAGCUGACAUAGUUGUGGAUGCAACUAUUGGAAUAACUGCUAUGGCACUUGCAAACCAGCAUGUGGAUCUGGUUUACCAUUUGGGCUCUUCAUCGAAAAACCCAAUAAGACUGCCAGAGAUCCACAGGUUGAGCAAGGCUUUCUUUGCUAAAGAUCCAUGGAAAAAUCGCCAAGGAAAGCCCGUAAAAGCUGGUAAAGUCACCACGUUCAGUUCCAUGGCUUCUUUCCAUGUUUACAUGGCCAUUCGCUUUCAACUCCCCUUGAAGAUAAUGGGUCUGCUGAGCGCAAGUUGUUGUCACAAAUUGGAAGCAGAUUAUGUUGAUCUCCGUCGGCAAUUGAAGUCAGGGAUGCGACUGAUACAACUCUACAAAUCCUAUUUAUUUUUCGACGGAAUUUUCGAUGACACAAACUUGGAGAAGUUGAGGAAAAGGGCUAGAGAUCAGAAAGGGUUGUACGAGUUGGAUGUGGUUGAACAGUUAAACAUGGAUAUCAGGAGCAUCAAUUGGGAGGGCUACAUCACCAAUGUCCACAUUCCUGGUCUUCUUCAAUUCGUCAUGAAAAAAUGAAUCCAUCUUUCGGCACCAAUUCCAACGCUUUUGGUGACCGUUGGUUUUGGUCGCAAUAGAGAAGGCUCUUGUUCUAGCUGGUAUAAUGUAUUACAAGAUAAUAAACAGAAGCAAUGACUUCUUUGGGAGAUGAAGGAGAAAAGCAAUAUUCAAAGACGAAAGAGACAAAUACAAAUGAGACGAGAGAUACAUGAUUUAUAUUGGUUCGACGAAAUAUUUGAUGCAUUAUAGCAUCGUGGUCGAGUUUGGUUAUUAUUAUUUUAUCUUUUAUAUUAAUUAUUGGUUGGACUAUUUGGUUAUUAUUUGGUUAUUAAUAUUAAUUUGUGUUCACAGUUAUUAUCAUUUGUUGUCUUGUCUAGGUAGUAACCGUUUACUUGUUGGUUUGGGAUUGAGUUUACUUGUCUUGAUCAAAGGGGAAAGAGUUUGUAGGAUUAGUCCUAUAAAUAUGUACUUUUGCUCUUCUAUUUUCAUUCAAGUAAUAAAAUUCAGUAUUUAGUAGUAAA